AACUCGAAUGGAAAACAGCGAAAAAAAAAAAAACUAAUAGAAAGUUAAUGAAGUUAAAAUUGAUAUAUUUGAAUUGAAAAAGAAUUGUAUUGUUUUCUUUAACAACAACAACCCCGUAUCCAUUUCCUAUAUACCAUGUCAUUCUUAAGAGAUUUAAUAGAAGCUGUUGUUCCAGCUGCUUAUGCUGAAGAACCUGAAGAAGAACCAGUUGAAGAAACCGAAGAAGCUGAAGAAGAACCAGAAGCUGAAGCUGCUGGUGGUGAUGAUGAUGAAGAAGAAGAAGACGAUGAAGAUGAAGAUGAAGUUGAAGAUCCAUUGGUUGCUUUAUCAGAAGAGUGUAAGAAUUCAGAAGCUUGUAAGAAAUAUGUUCAUCAUUUUGAUGAAUGUAUUGAAAGAGUUACUAAAGAACUGGAAGAAGAAGGAUAUGCUGAAAAGCAUUAUAAAGAAGAUUGUGUUGAAGAAUUCUUUCAUCUUCAACAUUGUGUCAAUGAUUGUGUUGCUCCAAGAUUAUUCAACAAAUUGAAAUAGAUAAGUCAUAUAUCAAUCAAAUUAAAUCAACUGCACACAACAAUACAUAUAACAUUAACUUUCUCCAUUUAUUAUUAUUACUAUUAUCAUUAUCAUUAUCAUUAAAUUCAUUCAAUUUAUCAUUUUAGAAAAUUGCUUGUUGUUUAGUCUUCUUCUUCUUCUUCUCCUUCUUUUCAAGUAUCCCUUUAUUUUUAUUCCGUUUUAUUGCAUUUUAAAAAUUUACCAAAUUCAAAUCUCACAAUCGAAUGAGAUAUUCAAUCGAUUGAUCAAAUCAAAUACUUCCAUCCAUCAAUCACCAAUCAUGAAUCUAUACUCCAAUUUUGAUACGAUUAUAAAGAAUUGAAAUAUAUUCAUGAAUCAUUCAUCUACCUACCAACCAUCCAAACUAUAAUUAUUACAAUAGUCCAUAUUUAUCAAUAAAUAUAUAUAUGGUCAUAUAUGAAAAUAUAUAAAAAAUUUAUUCUUCCUAUAAC